UACUUUUACCUUUUUCCCUCUCUUUUUGUUCAAAUUUCUUCUCUUUUUCUACUAUUCUUUGAUUCUCUCUCUUUUGCUUUUUUCAUUACUCUGUUUUUGAGUUCAAAUUCAUCUGACCCAGUUCACUAUUCAUCUGACCCAAAUCACUUACUCCACUCAUGAAGAUCUCACUCUCCUUUUCUCCUCUCUCUUCCUCCACUCCCUCUUCCUUUGAUGGCGAUUUGAGUUCUUCCCGAAGUGCCACCACCGGUUGUUUAUCCGGUAUCUUACGUCGUCUCCUUUGCACUGGUAGUCUACCUACAUACCCAUGUGAUCAAAUCAAAGAAGCCCAAUUCGUGGAGCUAAUUCAGUCCCACGAUUCCAAGAUUGAGAAGAUUGAAGCUCCUGCAACACCUGGGAUAGUAGCCAGGCUAAUGGGUCUCGAAUCCUUGCCGGAACUGAAUUGGGUUCCGCCCGGCAAGACUCCAAAUUCAAUUUGCCGGAGCAGGUCGGUGAACUCUGCAGAUUACUGGUCUGAAUUUGACCCAGUUCAAGGAAGACAUCGACGGGUCAGAACGUCUUUGUCGUUUCGUGAACCUCCUACCUUCAUACAAUUAGAGAACGAUGAUUUCUUUCUGCUUAGCUUUGAGAAUGUGACCGUAAAAGGUAAGGAUUUUGGAUCGAAGGGGAAGAAAUCUGAGAUGGGUUCUGAAGAUUUGAAGCAGAGAAGGAGGGUAGAAGCGAAUAAAAACAAGGAGAACAGAAGAGAGACAGUGUUGGAGAAGAAGAAUAAGAUGAACAAAGAAGAGGAAGGCAACAAGAGGAGGGCUUACAAGGAAGAUGCCAAGAAAAUGAAGAGGAUUACUGAUAGCCACUGUCGAAAAGCUAGCAAUGGUAAUAGCAGAAUCAAGGAUUCAGGUCUGUCUCCUUCUCACAAUAAGGAAAUUCACAGAAAAUCAAUCCAUGUCUCCAAGUCAGGUAGUCCAACGAAGUCUAAGAACUACAAAGAAGUUACAGAAAGGGCAGUAUCUCCAAAAAAGAAACAGAGCUUGUCUCCCACAAAGAAAAUCAAACCCGAAUGUGAUACGGAAAACACAAGCCCAGUUUCUGUUCUUGAUCUGGGUGAUUUUUUGAUAGAGCCCAGAAUUCCUGUAUCAGAGGAAGAUGUGAAGCCAAGAGGUUUGAAUUCAAGGAGGAAACUUUCGCCAGAACUUCUAAAAUCUGACGAUUCUCUAUCUCAAUCUCAAUCCUUUUCCGGUAUUUCGAUCUCAGAAGACAGGAAAGAUAGCAAAUCAGAGAAAGCUGUUUGCUACACUCAGGAAUAUGUGGAGCAGUGGGGAGAGAUUUACAAGUUAGCAGAAGAAGAAUUGGUGUGUUCAAACUGGAAUUCCAAAGAGAUUUUAAAGUUGGAGGACUUUGAAGAGAUAGGGAUCGAAUUUGGUCUACAGAUAGUUGACCAACUUCUAUAUGAGAUCAUUGAUGAACUCUACGGAUUUCCAUCAAGAAUUUUCCCAGAAAUAAUUGAAGAGAUCGUGUAAUAACUUCGUAUAAACAAACUCUGCAGAAUUCCUUCUGUAAACUUUUUUUUUAUUUUUCUCCCCACUGUAUUGAAGUUAGGUCCGAGUAAUGAUUGAAGACGAAGUAACUGUAUGAACUGUGUAUAAAAUCUACAGAGUUUCUUCUUCAUUUCCAUUU